AUGAAUUUUAUUUUACAAGUAAGACUGACUGAUGAGGCAGACAGCUCAAGUCAAGAUGUGAUAGACCCAAAGUCUGCUCUGGAGGAAGUGGUGAAGAUGGUCCCUGUAGGUCUUGAGACGGAGGUUGUCCUCAGACUAGUAUUAGCCCUUCCUGAGGGUGCUGAACUUAACAAAGGUGCUCCUAAUAAGUGGACCAUAACAACAACUAAUCAGCAUAUCACUUUACCAUCAUCUCAGGGCCAACUACAAGAUGUGACAGAAGUACCUGUCAGUCUAAAUAUGAAUCCUGAAACUGAACUGAGUCUCAUUGUCUCUGCUACUGUGUACAUUUGCCUCAACAGUGGAGUUUGUACUCGUGCAACAUCAUCAUGUGUGUAAAGUUUGUAACUGUUGAU